GCUCUCCAGAGAGUGAUCCGUACAGCAGAACGCUGCUGCAGGAUUGCUCUCCCCCCGCUUCAGGACACCUACACCAGGAGAUGCCGGACUAGAGCAGCGCAGAUACUGAAGGAUCCAUCCCAUCCUGGGAACAAACUGUGUUCCAACUUCUGCAAUCCGGUAGAAGGUUUCGCAUCGUCCGGGCAAGGACAGAGAGACUCGAGAGGAGCUUCUAUCCCCAAGCCAUCCGGGCCCUAAACACACACACACCCGCCCUCUCACAUCAUCUAUAAUUGACUGAGACAGGACUCUCUUCCAGACACUCUAAACCCAGGCACAAUGUACAUUUCAAAUUCCUUUAAUUUUAAAGAACAAUACUGCUUAUAGCAUUCUGCCAUGCAACUGCAUUUGUCCCUAACCACCAGAACUCCUCACGUUAACUUUUAUCGAGUGACUGGUGUGGAAAAUUGCUGCCACACUGCCCCAUCGGCCUGCGCUUUGAGGAUUCUGAUUUGUCUUCUUUCAUACAGGUCAGAUGGCCUUCUGGUGGCACGCUACCACAAACACAACCUAUACUUUGAGGCCUCCUGUGACACACCUCCAGAACCUGAAAUUAUAACAUUUGACACUCCUUUUGCUGGGAAGUUUGGCCUCUUGAUCUGCUUCGACAUCCUGUUUCAUGAUCCUACAGUGCUCCUAGUGCAGAGGUGUGUGCAUCAGUUGAUCUUUCCAACAGCCUGGAUGAACCAGCUCCCCCUGCUGGAUUCAAUCCAGUUUCAGCAAACAUUCAGUCUGGGUGCCAACGUCACCCUACUAGCUGUCAACAUUCGUAAUGACAGGCUCAUCAUGACAGGAAGUGGCAUCUACACCCCUUUUUCUGCCACCUACCACCACGCCAGGAAAGGGGACCCAGAGGAGGGCAGGCUGCUGGUGGCCAGAGUGCCAGUUUUGGAGCCACUUGAGGUAAAACAAAGUGCAGCCAAAGAGGUGGAGGCUGGUGGUGGGGAGUCAACAAUAUCAGCGGCUACAGACUCUGGAUACUGCUACCAAGAUAGCUGUGAUGACCCUCCUCCUCCCUCCUACCCCACCUUCAUCUCCUCUAUGAUGUAUGACACAUUUACAUUUGUCCUCUUAAAUGAGACACAAGGCAACAUUAAAGUGUGCAACGGCACUUUCUGCUGCCGCCUGCAGUACAGGUGGUUACUGCAAGACCAUAAAGAGCUCUAUGCUUUCGGCGCACUUGCAGGAACACACACCGUCAACGGAAGUUACGCACUGCAGGUUUGUGCAGUAGUCUGUUGUGCAGGGUUGGAUCAGAGCUCUUGUGGACAGGAAGCGGAAGAAGCAGAGUCUAAAAUGGACUGCCUGUUGGAGGGGAACUUUGACACCAAAUACGUGUACCCAUCUAUUCUGACAAGCCGAAUGUUCCUGGAGCAGCCAGAGAGUCUGGAGAAAGCUGCAGACGGGAGACUGACCAUGAAACAUUCAAACACGAAGGGUGGCCUGGUCACUGCCUGCCUGUAUGGACGAAUGUACCACCUGGACAAUGAAUAAACUUUAGAGGGAUCAGGAAAAUAAAGUUCAGUGUUAUGGUUAAGAGCUGCUCCAACCUUCAGCUGUUACACAUUUGUUUUAUCUCUUAUAAAAUAAACCAAAACAAAUGUC